UAUUUCUUUUGGGACGAAAGAAAUUCGUUAAAACUGAUAGGCGCGCAAUCUCCCUAUUGGAGCAGACGAAGAAUGGCGGCCGGCGAUGAGAAACAUUGUAGAAAAUGGCGUUAUACUUGGGAAUCACAGUCCCACAUCCCAACGCUUCGUCUCUUGCUUUUCGCCAAAAAUGCUAAUCCUUCUCUGCAAUGUCUCAAUUUGAAGGUUCAACUUUUUCCUUCUCAGUCUCUGGUGGCGGUGAGCUGGUUUGAACCCGCCCAAGUCUCACUUAGGGUUCCGAUUCCUAGGGUUUUGGUUGACUUUGAAUCGCCUGUCAGUUUUCGAGCUUUGGAUGAUCACAUUGAAGUGAAGCUCCUACUGCUUUUGCCUGUCGAUCAUCCAGUUGUUUCAAGCUUCGAUUCUGUGAUGAAUCUAUCUGAUGAUCCCGUAAAUGCAUUGCCUGAUGUAUCAGAGCCACUAGUAAUGGGAUCUGAUGUAAAAAAUUUAUCUUCCAGAGCAGCAGUUCAUUUUUACUGUGGAAGUUGCUCUUUCAAGUUGACUAGAAAUCCUCUCAGGAGUUUCGUUGAAAUGCCAUCAGUCAAUUGGCGAGAGGUAGCUGACAACUGGUUUGGGGCUUGUUGUUGUUCAUUUGGAGGCAUAAGUGAGAAGUUGGUGAUCAAAUAUGCAAAUUCUUAUACUUGUGCACCAGGGGUAUGCCUAUUAAGCUCUACGUCUAUUACUCUUUGCAAGGAUGAUCUGAUAGAAUAUAACUUCCCUGAACGUGGUGGAGAAGAGUGUAAUUCUAAAUCAGAUAAAUUUGAAGAAGGAAUUAACAAAGCUGCAAUAAAUUCGGAGAUAUCUAUGGAAAGAUCUUCGACUUGUAGUGAGAUUGGUAAAACCAUAUAUAAUUCUGACGAGAGUUCAAGGUUUGCAGAUUCUCAGAAUGAAAAACUUAAUGUGAACUUGGGACAUGAAGUUGGUGAAGAAAAAUCUAAUCAUGAUGACUUCUCUCGUUCAUACCUGGAUUCCCAUGUCCCUGCGGAUGUGGCCAUGGCUUCCAGUUGUUGUGCUCAUAUGACAAGCAGCGUUCACAUUCUUGAGAAUGAGGAUUGGCAACACCAAUGCUGUGAAAAUGCUAGAAAAGAACAUAAAGAUACAACAGCCAUGGAAAUUCUUGCAAGUCAGAAAUCUUUCCUCAAUGGGUUUCUUGAAGAUGUUUUCAUGGCUAGAUCUUCCAAUCUUUCAGAAGAUAUUGAUUGGUGUGAAUUCACGUGCCCUCAGUGCAAGUCUGUUCUUGGAGCCUAUCCAAGCUGUAAGGGCGAAGCCCCUGUAGAUGGAGGAGUACGAUUGUUUAAGUGCAAUAUUUCAACUUGUUUGCCAGUUAGAGGAUCUGGAGACUUGUUCAGGCAAUAUACAAUGGGAAAAAUGUUUGCAAACAAGCUAGUAGAGUGUGCAAAUGAUGAAUCAUCAUUUCGGUUUGCGGUCAUAGAUCUGAAAGCAAAGUCCCCUGCCCUGCAAAUCAUUCUUAUAAAUCCAGAUACAUGGUCAAUUUCUGGUGAUUGUUUUAUCACUGAGGAUUCUGAGGUGCCUAAACUACAACUACAGCCCGUCAUCAAGUUGCUUUUCUCUGAAUGCAGUACUGCUACAGAACUUCAGUUAAGGAUGACGGAGGAAUGGAUAACAAAUAACUCAGCCGAAAGUAUUUUUAUGCUGACUUAUCAAAUAAAAGAGCUGGUGGCGUCAAUGAUGUCAGGAAGGGAUGCGUAUCCACCUUCAUAUGCGUCCAUUCAGGGAUUAUGUUUGUCAUCUAUGCAACGGUAGUAAUCUGCUCAAACUCAGCAUUGGUGAUCUAAAUCGACUUAUAUGCCUGGGCGAAGAACACUGGAGUGUCUGAAAUUAGAGUAAACCAAUGUUGUAUCGCUGGAACUGUACACCAACGUCAGUUAAUAGCCUGUGUACAGUUCAAUUUUAUAAAUAUAUAUUUCUCAAUUUAUCGGGGGGGAAAUGUUUCGUAUGAAAUCUACUAUAGGCAUGGCAUUUAUUUAUUUCAAGUUCAUUGUGCGUAAACUUUUUUAGCCAUUUAUUCAUGGAGAAAAUUGGAUGCAUUGAACCAGUUCCA